CGGCCAUAGCACGUGAUGGCCACUACUGCCAUCGACGUCAUAAGCAUGAAUCCCUGCGACAGGGAAGCUCUCGGCAGGCACGAAUGCCAAUGCCUACUUCCUUCCGUGCAGUUUAUUAAUGUUCAUGACAAGUGGUUUUGAAAUGAUGUAAAUAUCUGUCUCUGUUGACUAAACCUUAACCCAAAAACCACGACUCAGUUGCAGCAACCCAACCCCAAAAUGAGCUACGCGUUCCGUCGCGUAUGCCUGCAACUGCCUGCCAGCUUCAGCCCUAAGUAUGGUCAUAUGCGUCAUGCUUUCCGCCCAGCCGGACUCGGCAUCGACACCCAGGCCCCGGUAACAGGACGCGCGUUCCAUUUCUCUGCAAUACGACGGGACGAUGCCGAAGAUGCCAAGGCCAAGAAGGCGAGCCAAUAUGACAUGAACAAGGAGGAGGACAAGGAGAAGUCCGAGCGGGAUGAGCUGAUUGCCCUGAGGAAACAAGAGGAGAGGCCAUGGCACCGAGCCGGUCACGAGGUCGAGCAGCGCGAAUCGUCUAAAGAUCCUACCAACGGUGACAAGACAAGAGGACGUCUGCUUACGACUCCAACGAGGUUAUUAAAGCUCAUCCUACCACUACCUUUCCAUGCAGAGCAGUCGCGAAUCACCCAGACGCCCAAGAAAGAUGAAGAAAAGGCUGAUAUUGCCCCCCUCGCUCUACUUGUUCAUCCCCAGCAGCCACUUUCCUACCUCGAACGGCUGCUCCAGGCCGAAAUCCCCCCCAUUGACGACGGCCGGCGCGAACGGAUCCCGAAAAUAUACUUCCGAGCAGAGGCUGAUCACCAAGAGUCCAAGCCGGACAGGCGCUCAUCGCAGAAGCAGGAGGGCAAUGUUGCCUCGUAUUCCGGUCUCGGCCACGAGGGCCCUAAGAGGGACCACGACGAAACGAACUGGGUGCGAUGGAGCGGCAGCACCGAGGUUGGUGACUUCAUCAGGGACGCCGCUCGUGGCCGGGAGUUCUCGAUUGGAAUCGAAGGGUACGACCAAGAGCUACGCGUAGCGGUGCCGAGUUUCAACGACAGAACAUACUACAUGCGCAUCCGAUUACGCAGAAUGUCUCGCCGCGUGGAAAAACUUGCCAAAAUUAAACAAGAAUGCGACUACCUCGCGCACCGCGGAGCCCAUCGCCUCGCACAGGGCGGUUUCGCCCUGCUGUCGGGCUGGUGGGGGGUGGUGUACUAUGUUACGUUUCAUACUGACUUCGGCUGGGACCUCGUCGAGCCGGUGACAUACCUCGCCGGACUGACGACCAUCAUGGGCGGUUACCUCGUCUCAAAAAGGCAGUCGGCACUUUACCACGAGCGAGGAUUCGACCAGGCGGCAUGGGACGCUCUUGUGCACGAGGCCAACUCGCUGCGUCGCGAGAUCAGAUUUGUAGCGACCGAGUACGACGUCGACUGGGACGAGACUAAGGAUCUCGGCGGCGAGGAGGUCCAGGAAGUACUCGACAAGGAGAAGAAGGGUUCGAGACGUAGAGGCGAAGAUGACGCUGAGGAAGACGAACGCGUAGAGCACCAGCGCAAGGACGACAAGAAGACGCCGCAGAAAUCGGAGGAGGGCAUCGACAGCAAUAAGGCAUCAUAGCGCUCUACCGCAUUCAUUUCACAAUGCGAUAAUAUUCAUUCCAUAGUACCUGCAUUCCGGGUAUCGCAGAAUGAGCAUACCCUGGAGCGUACACAUAGCGAAAGAGCGAUCGAUUUCAACUUUCAUUAACUUCGCAAUUGACCAGAACCUGGGGAACGAUGACUGAUACCAAACUCACAUGCGCUUUUUAUCUAGGCCAGAUACAAAAUUCAUAACCUGUCAUCAACAGACCAUCUAGUCAUCUGAACGGACUCUCCGCGGAGUGCCCGCCCGGCAUGCGCCGAUGAGAUG